AUGACGUUUAGCGAAUUCAUUAAAUCUUUAUUCAAAAUUAUUAGUGUUCCUGAUACAAACUCAAUGAAUAAUACUCAAAUUAGACUGAAGGGACUAGCGAAAGUUUCAUUAGGCCUUUUAAAGAUGGCAGUAAUGCAUUUAAUGAUUGAUCCUCUUUUACCUCAUCGUGCUGAAUUUGCUUUAGAAUAUACUUGGUUACAUCCGUUAAGUUUACUAUAUACGUUACUCUAUGGUAUUAAGGCAUACUGUUUAUUAGGCGCUAUAGAUAUCUUUAUGGGACUUGAGCAGACCUUAUUUGGAUGGAAUAUGAUCCCACUAUUUAAUUCACCUAUUCUUUCUAGUAGUCCAAGAGAUUUCUGGAGGUAA